GUCAGCAGGAUGUCCAUUGAUUUUGACAGUGCUGCUUUACAGACCCAGCAGGAGGAAGAGGAGUAUGAUCAGGAAGACUACGCCAGAGAACAAGAGCUCCACAAGCUCCUGACUGAUCUCCCUGAUGAUAUGCUGGAUGACAGUGGCGACUGCCCCUCACCUGAGCUCGAGCGCUCCACCUGCAGUCACCCAGAAGACAACAACAGACCACAGCAAGCCUGGAAUGUGCCACAAUGGGAGCCUCCAAGACCUUCCCAUGAGGAACAAUAUGAAGAGUAUGAUCAAGGAUCUUAUCAUGAGGACUACAGUUAUAGGAGUCACACGUCUCAGACCAAUGGUCACCCUCAUCACCUCCAGCCCGGGACAGAACAUUUACCCUCCGGCUGGGACCCGCAGAACGGACAGAUUUACCAGUACCAGAGUGGAGACUACGCACACUCAUCUGCAGGCACGGACGAGUCCCACGGCACUGACUUCUCCACUGGGGAUGGGGCGGAGCAGGAUGCGUACACCCAUAAUGCUCUUCAUCAUGGGGCAGGUUACCAUGGAGACGAGGCCCAUACCAACAGAAACCACUUUCAGGUUUUUGAUAAUGGAGGAGCUGGGAACAAACCCACUGACCACUACAAGGCCAGUUACCAACCACAUCAACCUUCAAAUCAGCCGAAGAUGUUCAGUCCUCAAGUGACCGGUCAGAAUGGACACUUUGACCAGCUUCAGAGGGACUUCCUGGACUCAACACAGAAUACAGCAGAAGGUCAGCAGAUGGCGCAGCUACAGAUUUUAAACCGAGCUCAAUCCAGACAGAUCGAGGAGCUGGAACAGAAACUAGAGGACUGCAGGAGGAGGAUGAGAUAUCUGGAGCACCAGUUCGCCAUCGUCAAAGAUGAGAAGGACGGACUGACGGUGUCACUGAAGGAGUCCAGCGCUCUGGUAGAGGAGGCGAAAGAGAGAGAAGCUCAACUGCAGGGGAGAAUCAGAUCUCUGGAGAAACAGAUUCAGUCUCUCACAGACAGAGAGCAAGAGAGCGUAAAGCAGCAGCGUGUGGCCGAGGCGGCGAUGGACAGCAUGAAGCAGCAGAUGAUGGAGCUGUGUCGCUCGGACACUCUGACGCGAACACGUGAGCAGCACGAUAGGGACACAACCGCCAUCCGGGAGCAGUAUGAAGCCAGACUGCUCACUCUUCAGCAGAAACUAGAUGCACAAUCACAGAGUCUGAAUGAGCAGGCUGAGGCAGGCCAGCGUUUGCUGGAUCAGGUCCGGCAGCUGGAGCGUCAGAGGGAAGAGGAUCAGGUGGACAGAGCCGCUGUUAUCAACACCCUCACUCAGCGCCUGGAGGAGAGCCAGCAGCAGUGUGCCAAACUACUCCACACUGGCUCUGUACAAGAGAUGAGCCAGCUACAGAUGAAGCUUCAGCAGUCCCAGUCUGCUCGCACCAUCAGUGAAGACAUCAACAAAGCCCUGCAGGACGAGCUGACUGAACUAAAGGAACAGAUAAAUCUGUACGAGUCUGCCAUUAAACAUGGAGCCCUUUCAUUAGAGCCUAAUGGAGACUGGGAGAACCAUCUGUCUGAGUCCUACAUGGACCUGGGGAUCAAGAAGUCCAAGUGGAGAAAUGGACGCAUCCACAACACACCUCACAUUGCAGAAGCAGGAGACUCCAACCGAGAGCUGAAGAGCGAGUUGCAGCGCUGCCUCAGUCACCUGAAGGCCAAGCGGCUGAAGAUCUCUGAGCUGCAGGAGGAGCUGCGACGCUCCCAGACCAGAGCAGAGCAGCUGCAGACGCAGCUAGAGCAGGCUGAGAAGAUCGCACGAGACUCGAAGGUGAGGGAGAGCAGCUUGGAGAAACACCUGGAAGCCUCUCACGUGACUGCCGCCCCUCACAAAGACCUCAUCAGACUGCAGGAGGAGCGGCAGGUCCUGCAGGAGAGAGUGGAGGCUCUGGAGAAGAGGAAUCAGGAGCUGAAGCAGAGUGAAGAGAAGGUGAAGGCAGCCAAUUCUGAGCUCUGCACCAAGAUGAGAGAGAUGAUCCAGGAGCUGGACCAGGAGAAACAGGAAGCAGCAGAGAGGGCUGAGCGGACGCAGCAGCAGUACAGGGAUGACGUGGUGAAUCGUGUCCGUGCGGAGCUCACGCAAGAGCACACGGCUCACAUGGAGCAACUCGCCAGCCAGCAUCAGCAGCACAUCCAGCAGCUCCAGUCAAAGCUGGCUGAUCUCAGUCAGGAGGUGUUAGCUGUGCAGGAGUGCUACAUUUCUGUUUGCAAAGAGAAGGACAAGCUGGAGGAAAAUCUCCAAAACAAGCUUGAAGAAGAGAAGAGAUUGAAAGAAAUUGAGUUAAGGAAGCGAGAGGAGAGUGAGGGUGUUCUGGAGAGACUGAGGGCUGAACUGGAGUGUCAGCAUCAGGAGGACGUGUCUCGGCUCAAAGCCCAGUGGAAGACAGACACACAGGCUGAGAUUGAGCUGCAGGUCAGAGAGCAGCUGGAAGAGGCCAGGAAGAGCUGGCAGCAGGAGCAGGAGACGUUGGAGAAGUCCUGGGCUCAGAGGUUACAGGAAGCUGAGGAAGAAGUCAGGAAGGCCAGACAGUCAGACACCCGUGAGGGAGCAUGUCAGACCAGCUCGUCUGAGAUGGCGGGGCGGCUGAUUUCAGCAGAGGACCUGGAGGUCCGGCUCAGCGCUCAGAGAGAGAGCCUGCAGCAGGAGGCUGCGUCCGCCCAGGCCAGAGCCGUGGAGGAAGCAGUACGACAUGCUCAGAGAGAGCUGCAGCAAAAGCACACUGAUGACAUGGCGCUCCAGGUUGAAGGUGCAUUAUCAAGGGCUCGUUCUCGAUGGCUCCAGGACCUGACUUCCCUCCCAGAAUACAAAAGCAGCCUGCAGACGGAGAAAGAGGAAUGGGAGCGACUUCAACAGCAGCAUGUCCAGGAACAGGUAUUUGUUCCUGUGAAGGCAGUGGAGGAAAGGUGGCAGGACACGCUCCGCACCAAAUGCACUGAGCUGGAGCAGUGUAACAGGAGAAUCGGGGAGCUCCAGGAGGAAGCACUCACCCUCAGCACCAGACUGGAGCGCUUGUCCCAGGAGCAGGGCGCUCUAAUCAAAGCAGAGCUGGCUGCAGCCCGAGACGUUUGGAUCGAGGACAAGCAGGAGGAGAUGUCCCGCCUCAGGGCGCAGCUCCAGAGAGAGCAGAAGCAGAAACUACAAGCCGUCCUAGAGCAGAACCUGGAGCAAACUGACACAGAGCUACAGAAAACCCUCAGGGAAAAGGAGCAGGAGUGGAGGCGUCGACAAGAGAUCAGACUGCAGGAGGAGAGGCAGCGGGUGCUGGAGGAGGUGCUGGUGGAUCUAAAGGAGGUGCUGCAGGAGGGAGUGGAGAGGAGAGGCAGUCCAGAUGAACACAAGCUCAGCCGUGUGCCAGGAACCAUUCGGUCCAGAGUCUGGGAGAUCUGCAGAGAAUCACUCAAUCAAGGUGUCAACCAAGCCAAGCAGGAGUGGAAGAAGAGCAGCGAAGAAAAGCUGAGACGUGUGCUGAAGGAAACCCAGGAGUGUCACGAGGCAGAGAUCGCAGGUCUGACGGCCCAGAGGAAGCAGGGGGAAUGCUCUGAGUCUCUGGCCAAACUCCAGAAGAAGAAUCAAGAGCUCCAGAGACAUCUAGAAAAGGCCUGCCGCCAGCUCCAGAAGACUGUACGAGAGCACAAAAGCACCCUGCAGAAGAUCAAAGAUGAGCACGAGGCAGCCCUGCAGAAGGAGCAGCAGGCUCAUCUCAAAGCCCUUGAGGAACUGAAACAAACCUCGAAUGCAGAAGCACUUUCAAGCGGUUCAGUCAGCCAGCAGAACCUUCAAGCAGGUCUUGAGGAGAUGAAGGAGCAAUACAUGAAAGCAGUGGAGAAAAUCAGAGGCGACAUGCUGCGUUACCUGCAGGAGAGUAAAGAACGGGCGGCAGAGCUGAUCAGGACUGAGGUCCUGAGGGAAAGGCAGGACACGGCCAGACGAAUGCGCAGGUACUACCUUACCUGUCUGCAGGAGCUGCUGGAAGACGGAGGCCAGGCCGCAGGAGCAGAGAAGAAAAUCAUAAAUGCUGCUAGCAAACUGGCCGCCAUGGCCAAAGUCCUCGAGACACCGGUGGCCAAACGCAAGCUUUCAAGAACACAGAACUCUCAAGGUGGAUCAGACAAAACAGACAUUGAAACCAAUGGUUCUCCUGCUAAAGUGUUGGGUGCUGCGUCACACGGAGCUGAAGCCCACAAGGAUGGUAAGGACAAACGGAUCCAUCAGAUCUGCAGCCUAACGGACACAAAUUAUACAUCCAUGACAGCUAAACAGAAAGGUAUCAAACCUAAAGGCUUGGAACCGGAUUCCCUGAAAUCAGCAGUGAUCAGUGGAUCUAAAGACCCUCUUACGGUUGGUCAGGUAACUCAGAAACACACACACUUUGCACAUGAUAGUGUUUUUAACAGAGAUGUCAGGACCCCUAAUGUCACACUGAGAAAGCAGAGCAGGGAAAUGUUCAUGGAAGGCUUUGAGUCCGGAAGAGCAGAACCAUCAGCCGUCCAAUCAUUCCUGAUUGAAGAAGCGCCUGUUCGGGAUGAAGGUCAGAGUGACUGGAGUUUAACCAGUAACGGCUCCAACUUCAUGAACAACAUUCACCUGACAUCCUCCUAUCCCGAGCCUGGGAAGCCGUUCUCAAUGUACGGCCCCUCCUUGGGUGGGUUGGACUUUGGAAGCUCCAUCGGUGAUAACUCUGAUGUUACGAUAUACAAGGAGAUUGUUCAACCUGAGUCUUACUCGAAACCCAGCGUGUGUGUGGACAGAAGAACAAAUAAACACAGAGAGCCAGUCCCUGGAUCUGAGGGACAUGGUGUCAGGAAAAUGUGUCCAAAGAGCUUAUUUUCAGAGAUGAAAGUGCAUCAGCAGGACAGUGGGUUCGACAGCCCGUUGGCACUGCUUCAGAAAUGAAAUUUCGAUUUGUUUGUGCCUGUGCAAACAUUCUUUGUAUAUGAAAGAGUUUAAGAGUUAACCUUGUGCAAUGUGUUUUUUACUUGUUUGAGCCAAAUGUCUUUUGUACUCGUCUUAACAGUUGUGCUGUCAGUGCAUGAACUUUUACCUUUUAACUUAAUAAAGCAACCUAGUUUUGCAUUAAUUAAACUGA